GGCCCUAUUGAAUUCGAUCUUAUCCAAUCUACUGGAUCGUCAGCUCACAACCAGUGAUUCCCUCUGACUAUGCGAUACCCCGGAACAAAUUCUUAAGAAAGACAACACCGGCCAUGGCACAAUGUUCCCUCAAUCAACUGUUCCUCUUAUCAUCAUCAUUGACAUCUCCUCGAAGCUGACUCCGUGCGCUACCGCUCUUCUGUCACUCCUGACAGCCAUUAUCGGCAUCCCUCUAUUGUCUUCACCUGGACUCUUACUUUACUGUGGGCCAGAGCUAGCACUUAAACUCGAACCCUUCUUCUACGAUCCCACCAACCGGUUAGCAAUGCGAGCAACUCCCUCACUGCGGUUUAAAACUACAUGCCUAUACCUACCUACAUACUCGGAUAAAACCACUGAUUCCAGUACCUUGUAAACAACAAGCCCUGUCAAUCUAGCGAUCGAACUGGACUUUGACAGGGUGGCUGGAUCCGGUACUGUCCAUUCACAUUUUAUCAAAAUGGAACCAAACCGAUACUACCAACAAUGAUUGUUGCUACGGUCCAUGACGGUCGAAAUAAUACCUCCU